AUGGAUGCAGGGAGUGCAGGAGGAGGGAAGAGACAGCACUCUGGACUCAAUCAGAUGGGGGGUAAAAAGAGGAGGGCAGAGACAGUUUGACAUACCGAAGACAAAGACCACGGCAACUGGAAGCUCCAGUUAUUUCCACCAUCAUCUCUGCACUACUUCGUCCACAGCAACAAUUUGAUUGGACGAUUGGAGAAGACGACAGAAGAUUUAAGACGCAAUCUUUUCUACUGACAUCUCAGGAUAUCUGACAAAAGCCAAAAGCAAAGCUGCAGGAAACCAACUUAUCACCUAAAGAGAUAAGGCUUCAGAGGGGAACCUCCAAGAAGAUCUCAAAGCCUGUUUCAACUUCACUCUGGAGAACUGGAAAAGAACAGUUGAAGGAAUAAAAGCAGAGCGAAAGAGCUUCAUUAAAGUGUGCAGGGAGUGCACAAGUGUGGCUGACAGACUGGUCACAAGUCUUCUGCAGAAGAAGUGAGAAAAGCAGCAACAAUCUGGAGGAGGAACAGCAAGAGGUCCACCGGGCCCCACAGCACAACUUCGUUAUGAGUAUGACUGGUACUCUCGAGAGGGGGGCACACCAUCAGGCCUUGGACUUGUCUGAGGAGCUGCCACCUCACCACCACCAUCACCACACCAACCACCACCAACAGCAGCAUCUUCACCAUUCCAACUCCCUGGCAUCCACCACGGCUGUGGGUGGAGGGAGAGAAACACCUUCACGUGUGGUUGUGCCUCCUCCUUAUUCUGCAGCUGAGAGUGGCGGCGGGGGAAGCGAGGCUCCUCUGGAGCUGCGGGGAUCUCUCGACUGCUGGGCCUGCUCGGUGCUGGUGACCGCUCAGAACGUGCUGAUCGCCGCAAUCAACGCGUGCCUCGCUGGACUGGUGUUCGGGAUCAUCCUGACACCAGCCAUCGUCAUGGUUGUGUUUGGCUUCCUCUGUCACUCUACAGUCCGCCCCCAUGGAACUACACCCUACUGCUCAGACCUACUGACCGAUGGAGGCUGUGUGGCUUUGCUGGUGGUGGGCUUCCUCUUGGUCACCCCUCUGCUAGUCCUGGCACUGGCUGCAUACUGUCGUCUGGCCCGACACCUCCAGCUGGGCCUGUGUUUCAUUCCAUACAGCCGGGCCGUGUACAAGAACCUCCCGGCCACCCAGCAUCGUGGCCUGGGCACGGGCUGCUGCGGGGGUCGAGAUGCUGCUGAUGGCGGUGGAAAGGGGAAGGUCUGGGUGUGAGAUGACAGUGGGCUGGGUAAAGGGGAAAAGAAAAUGGGGUGAAAAAAGACCUUUAGAUUAAAUAAAGGGGCACGAACAAAAAAAGAGGGGUUAAGAAAAGGCAGCAGAUGUCAGGAAAAUUGAGAUAUGUGAGCUAUAAUUACUAUAAAAACCAGCUCAGAAUCAUGGAAGACAUUUUACAUGGUUAAUAAAGACAGAGCAGCAUUUAUUGUUAAAAAAGUAGCAAGGUGUACUUUGCUGUUAGUGGAAUUUUAUCUUGUAACUUUCUAGUUACAAUAUUGCCUCAGCAUUAUGGAAAAAACUGAAUCCAAACAAAGUGUGUAUACUUCAAUUAAAAUAAAACAUAAGCCAGAUCAAAUGCAAAUUCCACUUUGUUAAAUAACACGGUCUCAAUAAGAGAGCCUGUUCAAGUCAAUAAAAUACAGCCAAGACCAAAAGACACUUACAUGAUGGUCUGGUUUAUUUGUAUGUGUUUUUAAAUAACUGAGAGGAAGCUGGACAUAAUAAAAAAACAUCAAAUCCCACAAAAGUUGUACUGACACUUCACGGCUGUAUCCUGUCACAAUUAUGUUAUAAUGAGAAACAUUUAUAUGUCUAGUGUAGUUUUCUUUUUAGCCGUUGCAAACUGUGACUGCAUUCUCUUGCAUGUUUUGUUUCCUUUUUUUAAAUAAAUAAAGCUACGAGAGUUUG